AUCACCCCUGUUAUAACAGAUGAUGAAACAGAGGCUGUGCAGGCCAAGUCUUUGGCUAAGGUGGUGUUAAAGGUCAGAGAAGUAGGGCUGGAAGGGCCCUCCAUAGGCCAUCUAAGUCCAGCCCCCUGCCUCAGGCAAGAUCAUCAAUACCCAAACCAUCCUAUGCAAUCCGUAACCAAAACUCUCUAUAUAAAGACAACCGUCAAUCCUGAUACAAGACAGACCUGACACCCUACCCUGCCUGGGGUAAAGCAGUGGAACCACAGCAGCCAGUGCCCUGCUUCUAUGAAAUGCUAUCAAUAUACACUCAGGAGAUCCCAGUUAGAUGGCCAUAAGCACUUACUACAGAGGAAGGCAAAAACCCCACAGCCUUGCCCAUAGGGUAAAAUCUCCACCUGACCCCAAAUAUGGAGAGCGAUCUGACCCCGAGUGGACAGGCAAGCCCCUCUCACCAGGAACCUCUGGCUUCGGUCCCAGCAGGAGCACUGGGCCACCCUGAAGUCCCCAGCUUUGGCUGCAGCCAACACCCGGUGCCUCUGAGAAAGGGCGCGUGACCCGAAGCUUUCAAAUAACCCUAACCCUAGCCCGCACAGAGCCUAACCGCGGCGGGACAGGGCCAGGCCUCCUGGCUGCGUAUCGCCCACAACGCGCAUGCACGGGACAGCGGGGCCCCCUCCCUUCCUACCCCGGAAGUCUUUCCGCGUUUCCUCGCCUCGAAUUGGCUGCACUGCUCGGCCAGUAGGCUCUGCCGUUGUUGGUGAGUGGGCGCUGGGGGCCGAAGGCAAGAUGAACAAGGCUAAAGCUGAGCUGUGGAGAAAACGCUUUGCCAUUAUGUACGCGCUGAGCUCAUGGAGUCUGUUGGGCUACGCCCUCUACUACUACCGCGUCGACAACUUGCCCCAGAGGAAGCCUAACGUGGGUGGAGAACAAAUAAGUUCCAUUGGACGGGGGAUCUGUGUGUUGCUGGGUAUUUCUUUGGAGGACACUCAGAGAGAGCUGGAACACAUGGUUCGAAAGAUCUUGAACUUGCGUGUGUUUGAAGAUGAAAGUGGGAAACACUGGUCUAAGAGUGUGAUGGACAAGCAGUACGAGGUGCUGUGUGUCAGCCAGUUCACUCUUCAGUGUAUCUUGAAAGGCAACAAGCCAGACUAUCACAUGGCUAUGCCCUCAGAACAAUCAGAGCCAUUUUACAACAACUUCCUAGAACAGCUUAGAAAAGCCUACAAGCCAGAGCUUAUUAAAGGUGGCAAGUUUGGAGCAUACAUGCAAGUGCAUAUCCAGAAUGACGGCCCCGUGACUAUUGAACUGGAGUCCCCUGCAGCCACUGUAGAUCCAAAGCAGCUGACCAAGCUUGAAAAACAGCAACAAAGAAAAGAGAAGACCAGAACCAAGGUACCCUCUGAAUCAAGUAGAGAAAGAAAUGCCCCUCGUAGCAAGGAUGACCCCAGUGCAAGCAGCGGAGCAGAAGGAGACGUGUCAUCUGAAAGGGAGCCUUAGUUUGUCAGAAGCGGGUCUCAGUUUGCUGCACAAAGGCUACGCUGGACCGCUAAGAAUGCACAAAAGAUCUCAAUUCCAUUAACCUCAGAGCUACUCAAAGGACUUUGGGAAAGAACGAAAAACAGGAAAUAAAACCAAUCAACAUCAUUCUGUAUUAAAAAUAACCAAAGGAAUGUUACCGGUUUCAAUCAUUAAUAUGUAGUAGCAGUAGUGAAAAUGAUUCAUGGCAUUUUUGUUGUCUCUGUGUUUUCACAUGAUUACUGAAUUGGAGGGAAAUUUGCCUUUAUGCAGAUCACAACAGAGCACCUGAUAACAAAACAUAGGAUUCAUCUCCAAAAAUAAAUCAGGGUUUUCCUUAAAUUGACACUUGAAUUCUGGAGCUUGUAUUUUGAUUCUCAUGGUGUGGUGUCUGUCAUGUGCUACCUGUUUCCAUAAAUCUGUGUAUACUGUAUAUUGUUCAAUACCCACCUAACACCAGGUUGGGGAGUACUGUUUUUGUGCAUGUGUUUAAGUUAUUAAAAAAAAAAGUCAUCGAUAAAUUAUCAUGUGAAAUACAUGCAUCUUGUAAACUUUUUAAAAAAAAGAAAAUACUUUAUUAAACAAACGAUGCUACCUUU